UAAACAUUUUUAAAGACUUAGGGAAUGCCUACACAGUCCAAAGUUCCUUAUCGAUAAGUUAGUUCUCGUAUGCGGUUCUUGUUGAGUCACAUUCCCUUGCUUGGCUUACAUUCUGUCCAUUUUGAUCAAAGUACUGCUGCACGCUGUACUUCAUAACCAAUAAAGGUUUCGUUUUAUAUUACUCUUCGAGCAAUUACUUUUAUUUCGUGCAUUUCUCUCUCGAUAUCCUCAAAUUAUUAAAAAUGAUGAAGGGAUUGGUUGCUCUUGUAACUGGAGGUGCCUCUGGACUAGGACUUGGAACUGCACAAAGGUUUGUCAAAGAAGGUGCCAAAGUAGUUAUCGCUGAUUUACCUACUUCAAAAGGGAAUGUUGUUGCUAACGAACUAGGACAGUCAGCCAUGUUUGUACCGAUGGAUGUAACGUCGGAGAGCGAUGUAACGAAUGCAUUGGAAUUAACGAAGAAAAACUUUGGUAAAUUAAAUGUCUUGGUGAAUGCAGCAGGUGUAGCUUGUGCGUAUAAGGCGUAUAACUUUGGCAAACAGCGUCCACACUUGCUCGAAGACUUUCAGAGAGUACUGAAUGUAAAUACUGUCGGAACAUUUAACGUUAUCAGAUUAGCUGCGGGGGUUAUGUAUGAGAACACACCAAACGAGGAUGGACAACGUGGAGUAGUAAUUAACACAGCAAGUGUCGCAGCUUACGAUGGACAAAUGGGUCAGGCAGCAUACGCUGCUAGCAAGGGUGGGAUCGUCGCUAUGACUUUACCGCUUGCCCGCGACUUUUCUAAAGUUGGUAUUCGCGUUGUUACAAUCGCGCCUGGAUUAUUCGACACACCUUUGUUGCAAUCAUUGCCAGACAAGGUGAAAUCAUUUUUACAAAAAACGGUUCCAUUCCCGCAAAGAUUGGGCAAGCCAGACGAAUAUGCACAGCUGGCGCAACACAUCGUCGAAAAUCCUCUUCUGAACGGAGAAGUUAUAAGAUUAGACGGUGCUCUCAGAAUGCAACCUUGAAUCCACACGAACAUUUACUAAUCACAUGAACAUGGAAACCGGAGAAAGGGAUUUGUAAUGCAUGGAAAAAGUUUAUAAGAAAAAUAUAAAAAGGCAUAAAAAUGUAUGAAAGAUGAAUAAAAAACGAUAACCUUGUUAGUA